CUAAAUUCCCCGGCUCCGGGCCGGCGGCGCACUCGUACCUCCCGGUCCGCGGCGACUGCCCCGCCGCUCUGCACUGGCCCAGGGCCUCCGGUCCUCUGCGUCAGGCGGAAGAUGCAGCUGCUGGACUGCAACCCGGAGGUGGAUGGCGUGAAGCACCUGCUGGAGGCCGGGGCCUCGGUCAACGCGCCGCCGGACCCCUGCGAGCAGGCGCCGGUCCACUUGGCCGCGGGUGGCGGCCUUGCUUGCUUUCUUCUGUGGCAGCUGCAGAUCGGCGCCGACCUCAACCAGCAGGAUGUUUUUGGAGAAGCACCACUACACAAGGCAGCAAAAGUUGGAAGUCUGGAAUGCCUUAGCCUGCUUGUAGCCAGUGAUGCCCAGAUUGAUUUAUGUAAUAAGAAUGGGCAAACAGCUGAAGAUCUUGCGUGGGCAUGUGGAUUUCUAGAAUGUGCCAAGUUUCUUACAACAAUUAAAUGUAUGCAGACAAUAAAAUCGAGUGACCGAUCCAAUAGAGAUCACUGUGUUCCAGUGCUUAGACAGAAACGAAGUUUUGGAAGUGCAGAAAAUACAACUGGAAAAAGGAAAUGUUGAUUCAUGUUGGUUCUGAAAAGUUCUGAAGAAAGCCUUUACUCCGUACAGAUCUACUGCUCAGCUCUAAGCUAUGGCUUUUGGCUCACCAGGUGUAUCUCCCAACUCCUUCUAAGAAGGAGGAAAACUUUCUUCUAAGUGAAGAUAACAUUUAAGAAUACAUGUUUUUACAUGCUUGUAAUAUUUUGGUUGUGUGUGCUUUUUGUCUUUUAAGUUAUUAAAGAAUGUCUAAAGAAU